AUGCCCAAGCCUGCCCCCCUGGAGCUCCCAGAGGGAGUCCGCCUCGAAUAUCUUGCCGAAGGUGGCGCGAACGUGAUCUAUCGAUUUGUCGCGACCCCGGUCAAGGAUGCCAAAUGGCCUGUGUCUAACGUGACCAUCAACAGCAUUGAACACUCUUCACUACCCCCGGAAUUACGGGGCAAAUUACUCCGUCUGAGGAAGGAAACGACGGUGAACACCCCGUACAAGGAAAUCGCUCAAAACUUCAAUUCCGUCAUUCGACCGCUCUUUAGCCAAGAAGAGCUGGUCGACCAGACCCUCAUUCGACUGCCCGAGGGUCUGAUCCACCGGUACAAUGAGCAGCUUCGCCUACUGGAGAUCAGCGGUCGGCGGCCGAAGAAGCGACAUGGCGGCUAUCUUGCCGUUAAUGAACCCUUCGGUUUGCUCAUCACUGACAUGACCGCAUUUGACGAGCCAGGAACAAUCUUGGCAGAGUUCAAACCCAAAUGGCUCACCCAGUCUCCAUCAGCGCCUGCGCUGGCGCGCCGCUGCAGGACAUGUGCGCUGAGAGAAAUGAAGAAUCACGAGGCCCGGGAGGUGGCGGCCAAAGAGCAGCGUUCGUUUUGUCCCCUAGACCUUGUAUCGGAGCACUACGAGCAUGUCUUCCGAGCUACUGCGUUUAUUGCAGGCUGCAACGACCGUGCACGGCUGGCUCAUAUCCUCUACUCCAGUUCAACUCUCCGGAAGCUUCAGUCCCGGCAAAAGGCCUCCGGAAAGGUCGGCUUGUACGGGCCGACGGGGAUCUCUCAGACUACAUCGCUUGGUAUGACCUUACGGGAUUGUACCAUGUUUGUCAAGAUCCCGCGUGAUGAGAAAUCGCCGGUGGAAAUCCGCUUAGGCGACUUAGAUCUCAAGUGCAGCACAGGAGGCAAAGCCGAGUAUUGGAAGUACAUCGAGCUCCAGCUCAUUGACGGCGGCUGGUACCACGGAUCUCACAGCAGUCAAACGCUGAGCAAUUGCUCCCUCCGCAAUACGCCAGCUACGAACCGUGCGCCCGUUCAGCCUUGA